CUUCCCUUAUCUUGUUCUCCACUGUGAAGUCUUUUCCAGAGCUUGAAAAGCAAGGCUGUUUUCAGGGCAACUAGGGAGGGGGGGGCUUGUUUGUAGUAUUGCUCAUCUGAUCUCCUGACCGGACACUUGUUUGCUCCCCCACCCCUCGCGCACCCCUCGCCUUCUUGCUUAAACUUCUUUUCCCCACAGCGUUUCCAAGGCUGUAGUAGCAGCGCCCACCCAGGCUUGCGGACAACUCUAGAGACUUUCUUUACACAGCGCCCAUCAGGGAGCAAGGCAACAUCUACAAGCCCAAUAACAAGGUCAUGGCAGAUGAAAUGAACGAGAAGGAGUUCCACGACGUCCACACCAAGGAAAUCGACCUGGUCAAUCGAGACCCCAAGCAUCUCAACGAUGAUGUGGUCAAGAUUGAUUUUGAAGAUGUGAUUGCCGAACCCGAGGGAACCCACAGUUUCGAUGGGAUCUGGAAGGCCAGCUUUACCACUUUCACAGUGACAAAAUACUGGUUUUAUCGCUUACUGUCUGCAAUCUUUGGCAUUCCCAUGGCUCUCAUCUGGGGCAUUUACUUUGCCAUUCUGUCCUUCCUCCACAUUUGGGCAGUGGUGCCUUGCAUCAGGAGCUACUUGAUUGAGAUCCAGUGCAUUGGCAGAGUUUAUUCAAUCUGCAUUCACACUUUUUGUGAUCCGCUCUACGAGGCUAUUGGCAAAAUAUUCAGCUCCAUCAGAGCAACAGUACGGAAAGAAGUGUAAUUGACGUUUUGAGGAGCCUGAAGAAAGGGUCUUCUCCCCAUCCCCAUUUUUAGCGCCAGUCCCGAGGCUGUCAACAGUGAAUAGAGUGACCGGCACACAACAGCAUCAGCUAAUGAAGCAACCAACCUGAAUGCAGCAAAGAAUCAUUGCCCAGAUUUCCUUACUGCUUAAUCUCUCCUGGAUUAAUAUUCCCUCUUUUCAGGAGGGAAGCUGAUCUGCAAUUUUUUUAAAAAGCCAAGUUUUGAUUCGUGUUCUCCCGUUCCUAGCUACCAAUUGUUCUGCUGACCCUUUGAUGAACCGACUCUCGUUCUGCUGACCCUUUCUGUUCAUUUGUUGCAAGUUAAAUUCACGACGAUAUAAAAAAGAACUGAAGCAUUGCUUUCCAGCGCUAUAAAGCUGCACUUCAUUUUACUGUGAGCACACACACACACACACAAAGGGUCUAAAGCUAUUGCAGCAUAAUGAAUGUGACAAGUUGGCAGAUUUUAAAUGAAAUGGUUCUUCUUUUCAGAUAUAUUGUCAGCCAACUGUAGUGCCUUACUGUAGUGGGCCAUAUCUAAAUACUACACGCAGAUAAAUCUAAGUAAAUAAUUAAUAUAUAUAUGGUCAAAAGAAGAGAGAAGAGAAACCAAAUGCCUUUAGAAGGAGAGUAUCAUCAGCUCGGGCAACUUGCCCACAAAAAGCUACAGCUGUUGCUUCAUUUUGUUUUGUGGUCUCUCCUGAAAGAUUUCUGGUAGAUCUGGUAUGUCACCAGAAGGAGUACAUAAGGAGCCACCUGUGCCUUUGCAUAUUGAAUCAUUCAUCAAAUCCAAUAUCAUGAACUCCUGAUCGGUGGCUUUUGCAUGUGGCACUAGAUCACCUGCAGAGAUCUGCCCCUUCUGCCCAAGGCCCCCUUCACUGGAGAUGUUCGGGAAAGAGCAUGGCGCCUCACAGAAACUCCCCACAUAUGUUUCAUCACCGAGGUAUAACUCUGACAGAUUUCAGCAGACAACAUCAAAAUCCAAUCCAGAAAUAUAUUGGGGAUUUAUUUUCUGUAACUACGGUGUACAUGUAAAAGUGCUUCCAUCAAAAAAUGUCCAGUGGUGCUAUCCGUAUUGGAUGAUAAUUUGUCCCAAAUCUAAUAUUAAAUGAAUGCUAUAGUACCCGUGGUUUGUUUUGUUUAUGUGAAGGGCCAGCUUUAAAAUCCCCUUGUCAGCCAAGGUCAGCACGUUGCUGGUACAUUCACGCUUUGCAUACUUUUCACACUAAUCUACCACAAGAGUGGCUUUAGCAGUACUACAUUGCGGUUCACUUUUUUCCCCCUCCUAAGCUGAGCUAUUCAUAUCAAUCAGGAAGGCUUCAUGGAAUUAUUUUGUGUGAAAUUGUCAGUGACUGAAACAUUCAGAAAUAAAGCCUUUGCAACAUGCUGUGACCAGAUUGGAGAUUUUACCCUCACUGUACAUGUAACUGUGGUGAGGGAAUAUUUUCUUUGGUUUUUCCUGAAUCUGUUGUUUCUUCUUUCAAAAAAAUAGCUGUGAGGUAGAGUUAGCUGGGAUAAACAUGUAUCCAAACUGAGGAAUUUCAAGGCCUGAGCUUCCUUUUAUUGGGGGGUCAAUCCCAAUGAAGGGUUUGUCUGGAACCUUAGCACAAAACCUGUAGUAGUUUCCAGAUACAUUAGUGAUAAUACUUUGCAUAGUUCUUUAUACAACAUGACUGCUUCAGCUUUUUUUUUCUUUAAAGCACACUUACCAGUGCAAUCCUAAACAUGUUUACUUAGAUGUAUGCCCCAUUAAGUUCAUUGGACCAAUGCUGGUCCAAGACAUUCAGCUGCAUGAAGUGGAGCCCAAAUUUGCCCCCGCUCCUACUGCUAGUUGGGCCAAGACUUGCUGGAGAGACCAGUUUCUGCCUUCACCUAUUCAAGUCAUUUGUGUCAUCUGAAGCAGGUUGCCUUAUUCCCUCCACAGAUUUACAGCCUUGGCACGCAGUCCAGCUCAUAUUUAUUCUGGGCUGAGGGCAGCUGGAUAUGGUGGAGCCCCGGCUGAACUGGCAGGGUGCCGGCUCAGCCAGGCUCUGCCAGCAGAAGCCCCUCACCCCAGCUCAGCCCCGGUAGGGCCAAGACUCUGCCAGCUCAGCUGGGGGCCUGCCAGGGAAGCCCAGCCCAGUGGAAGGGGUGCUGGAAGAAGCUGGUGGAAAGUCUGAAGAAGGGGUGUUCCAGGACCAUGUUGGAGAAGGGACCAAGGGGAGGAAUUGCACAACAUCCAGCUCCCAUUUGGAGCUCUCUUAAGGGUCCUGAUGCAGGCCAAAGUUAUGCAGAGAGAAAGGUCAGUCUAAGAAAAUAGUUACAAUGCAAGUUUAUGGAGAAUGCUUAUUCUACGGUAGGGGUAUUCAUGAGAACCGGAUUUUACUUUCUGGUCCCGGUACACAGCUCCCAAUGGAGCAUGUGUUCAGCCAGCCCAGAGGCUCCCGAAUGGCAGUUGGAUGCUGUGGACCUUUCCACUGGCUCUUCCACAAGCUUCUCAUGAGUUGGAUUGCUCUGUUAGUCUACCAGCAGUAUCCAGUUUGUAACUUAUAGGCAACGUUUGCUACUAGGGCUUACUGGAGACCAAUCUCAUUUAUAAAAGUAAUUUCCUGUCAUUUUCACAGGGUGAUACAUAAAUUGCCAUGGCAACUGAGGUCAAGACAGCCCAGGCUACAGCUACAGUGCUGUGAAAAAGUAUUUGCCCCAUCUGAUUUUCUGCAUUGUUGCAUAUUUUUGGCACUGAAUGUUACUAGAUCUUGAACCAAAACCUAAUAUUAGAGAAAAGAGAAGCUGAGUGAACAAACACACAAUUUUGAUAUUUAUUUUAUUUAUUUAUUAAAGAAAGUUAGGCAGCACCCAAUGCCCCUGUGUGAAAAAACAAUUGCCUUCCUAUUAACUCAACCCAAUGAAAGGGAUUAUUAGGGCCAGGUGUUUGAAUACCUUGGUAAAAAAUCAGGCCUGAUUGGGGCCAGCUCUGCCCUGCCCAAUAGAAAUCUAACUAACUUUCAGAUUGAAGUUGCCAGCACACAGGUUCCAAAGCCACAUCAUGCCAUGUUCAAAAGAAAUUCCAGAACUCCUCCGGAAAAUCAUUGUUGAUGCAUAUCAGUCUGGAAAGGGUUACAAAGCCAUUUCUAAGGCUCUGAGGCUCCACCGAACCAGAGCCAUAUUGACCAAAUGGAGAACAUUUGGGACAGCAGGAGUGGCCGUCCUGCCAAAAUCCCUCCAAGAGCAAGGCAUAAAAUCAUCCAGGAAGUUACAAAGGACCCCAGAACAACAUUCAGGGAUCCGUACGCCUCUCUUGCCUCAGCCAAGGUCAGCGUUCAUGACUCCACCAUCAGAAAGACACUGUGCAAACAUGGGAUUCAUGGCAGAGUAGCAAGGCAGAAGCCACUGCUCACUACAAAGAACAUGAACGCUCAUCUAGAGUUUGCCAAAAAGCACCAGGAUGAUCCUCAAGAGUUCUGGAACAAUGUUGUAUGGAAAGAUGAGUCAACGAUGGAACUGUUUGGGCAACAUGGGCCCCGUUAUGUCUGGUGAAAACCAAACACUGCAUUCCACAUGAAGAACCUCAUACCAACAGUCAAGCAUGGUGGUGGCAGAGUCAUGGUUUGGGGAUGCUUUGCUGCAUCAAGACCUGGAUGACUUGCCAUCAUUGAAGGAACCAUGAAUUCUGCUUUGUCUCAGAGAAUUCUACAGGUGAAUGUCAGGCUAUCUGUGCAUCAGCUGAAGAUGAUGCACAGCUGGGUCAUGCAGCAAGACGAUCCAACACACAUCAGUCUACAUCAGAAUGGUUGAGGAACAAGAAAUGUAAAGUUUUGGAAUGGCCUAGUCAAAGUCCAGACCUAAACCCCAUUGAAAUGUUGUGGCAAGAACUGAAAGGCACAGUUCAUGCUCGAAAACACACAAAUGUCACUGAGUUAAAGCAGUUCUGCAUGGAGGAGUGGGCCAAAAUUCCACCACAGCACUGUGAAAGACUGAUCAGGAACUACAGGAAGCGUUUGGUUGCAGUCAUUGCUGCUAAAGGUGGUGUAACCAGGUUUUAAGUCUAAGGGGGCAAUUACUUUUUCACACGGGCAUUGGGUGUUUUUUAAUUUUCUUAAAUAAAUGAACUAGUAUCAAAAGUUUGUGUUUGUUCACUCAGGUUCCCUUUUCUCUAAUAUUGGGCUUUGGUUCAAGUUCUGACAACAUUCAGUGCCAAAAAUAUGCAACAACGCAGAAAAACAGAUGGGGCAAAUACUUUUUCACGCCAUUGUAAUUAUACUGAUCAUUCAGAUGCUAUGUAGACUAGACUAUAGAGCAGGGAUAGCCAACAUGGUGCCCUCCAGAUAUUGCUGGAUUCCAGCUCUCAUCAGCCAACUUGAACGUGGUUGCUAGGAUGCUGUAUGAAAGCGCCUGAAGUCUGUAACUAGAAGCAUUUUGCUCGGCCGAAGGUUGUAUUUGGUUUCCACAGAAAUCAUGUCAAGUUGGCAUUGACAGAGAAAAGUUGGAAGUUGCCCAGAAAAUACACUUUACUCAGGGUGCAAGUCACUGCUGAAGCCAAUGACACAAUUUCCAUUGAAUUUUCAGUAAUACUAAGCAGUGCCUUCAGUGUUGUUGUAAUACGCCUAUCAAGAUAUGGGGGGGGGGUGUUCCUUGUUUUUGGCACAUAAAAUACAAACCUUAUAGCUAGCUAUAUAUAUAUAUUUCUCCUUGCAUUUAAAACAAACACUGGUCUGGCUAUAGUUUUACAUUUUUACUAUGUACAUAAGUGAGAGUGUACUAUUAGAUAUAUAUAUUUGCAGUACUGCAGCACACCUUUGGUGAUAAUAUAAACAAGAUCUAUUUUGUCAUUAUGUAAGGAAAAUCACUUUGAAAUCUAUUGCAUAAACUUUGUAUCCAGAAAGAGCUCCCAAAUACAAAUAAAUUGCUGAUCCAAGAUAUUUACAUAGCUAUUGUAUGCUUACGCGGUAUAACUGACACUUUUUUUUUUAUUCUGCAUGUUCGACAACCAAGGCUACAGUCUACACAAUAAAAGCCAUUUUAAUAGAAA